AUGGAAGAAGACUUGACUCAUGUUCGCCGGAAACGUCUCACGACUGAAUUGGGACUUGUCUGUCUUGAAGAUUAUCCUUACACUGUGUCUAUAAGAAAGAACAUUGUUACAUACUUAAAUCACGCGGAAUUGAAAUACAUCCUCCAAUGGACGAGAAGAUUCAGUGCGCCCUUCGAUUAUCUAGAAGAAGGGAACAGUGUUUUCAUCAAAUACAAUUGCGAAUACACGAACUGCUUCGUCACAGAUGACAGAAAUUACUUUAUAGAUCAACAGGAGUUUCACGCAGUGGCAUUCAAUGGGAGAGACCUCAAUAUGUGGAAUUUUCAGCUACCGAACUCACGAUCUUUAAAACAAAAAUACAUUUUCGGCGCCAUGGAAUCACCUGACUUCUUCCCAGCCUGCAAUGAUUAUUUGGAUGGCUUCUUCAAUUGGACAUGGUCGUAUAAGCUAGAUUCAGAUUUUCAAUGGGGUUACAUUACAAUUUAUGACUUAAAAGGGAAUCUUGUUGGACCAGCUAUCCACAUGAAAUGGAUUGAGAAAAUGCAACCGAUAAAUGUGGAGCUGAAAUCUAAAUUAGAUAUAAAGACUAAAGCAGUAGCCUGGUUCGUAUCACAUUGCACAACAAAACGUCACAGGGAAGAUUAUGUGGAAGUGUUAAAUGGAGAACUCGAGAAAUUUGGAUGGAAUGUUGAUAUCUAUGGUGCUUGUGGGGCGCUAACAUGUCCUUUAAGUGGGUUUCAUUCGUGUAACAAAAUGCUAGAACGAGAUUAUUUCUUUUAUUUAUCAUUCGAGAAUUCCUUCGCUGAGGACUAUGUGACGGAGAAAUUGUUGACUCCUCUCAAUAACUAUGCUGUACCUAUUGUAUAUGGAGGAGCAGAUUAUACGCGGUUCCUCCCUGAAGGAAGUUACCUGAAUGCGAUAGAGCUUGGUCCGAAAAGAAUUGCUGAGAAAAUGGUUGAGAUAAUCUCCAACAAGACUCAAUAUUAUGAUUUUUUUUCGGUGGCGAAACCAUUACGUGUAUAA